UAUGUUAUUUCAGAUUGUUCAAAAAGGGACAAUUUUUGCUCGAAUGUUACCAGAACAAAAGUUACAUUUAAUAGAAGCUCUUCAAAAUUUAGAUCAUCAGGUAGGGAUGUGUGGAGAUGGAGCAAAUGAUUGUGGAGCAUUAAAAGCAGCACAUACUGGCGUUUCUUUAUCAGUGGCUGAAGCUUCAGUAGCAUCACCUUUUACAUCCAGGGUACAGAAUAUUCAAUGCAUACCAUUAUUAAUUAGGAAUAAAUUGGUGGGUGAGCCUACCUGUUGUACCAGUGUCCCACCUGUCUUGCCAAUGUUUCCAGGAGUAGUCUCUGAUUUGGUUGUGAAGCCAUUUAGAGGAAAUAGCACUGAAAGAAUAGAUGGUCAAAAACCAUCAGAAGGAGCUUAUGUUAUGAUUGAUAUUGUAAUGAACUUAUUACCACCAAUUUUAUUUGGUGGUACUGAACCUUUUACUGGACUUGUGAAACGGCUACCUGUAAGAACAAUGCUCAGUUUUCUUCCUCAGUUUUCUAUGAUAUCAUUUAUUAUUUUUCAAAUUGGAGUACACAUAUUUGGAUAUUAUUAUUGUCUUGCCCAACCAUGGUAUGAAACAUUUCAUUUCAAUCAUACUAAAGCUCAUUAUCCUGAACCUGCAUAUUCAGGAACAACCAUUAUCAGCAUCAAUACAAUGUCAUAUGUUAUUGCAGCUGUUAUAUUUGCUUCAGGACCUCCGUAUAGAAAACCUUUUUAUACAAACAGUAAAAAUUUUUAUUUUCAUCUUUAUUCUUAAUGUAUCUGAUUAAUAAAAUUUACUCAAAUUUAAUUAUUAAAUUAUUAUAUUGGUAUGUUAUAUUAAUUUUUAAAAUUAUUUUACUUUUAAUAAUAUAUAGUACCAGUUGAAAGGGCCCAUGCAGGCAUAGGGCAUAGGGGCAUACUAAAUAGUUAGCAUGCAUAGCAAUGAUAAAUAAUUAAUUACAAAUGGUUUGGAUAUACAUACAGAAUAUUAUAUCAAUAUAGCACAUGUAUCUGUGAAAAUCAUACUAAAUGUGGUUUUAUUUCUGUAUUUACACAGUUUUGAGCAUUAGCAUGUACAUCAGGAUGGUGUAAUUCCCGAUAGUACCAGACUAAGGAGAAUCUGAUUUAAUUUGUACAACAAACUCAACAAGACUACAAUAUUAAGUGCAUGAAGUUGAUUACAAAAUUU